CUAAGGCUUGGUUCUUCGGCGUUUGCGUAGAACGGUAGUGGCGACGAGAACAGCCUCAGGCAAGACUUUCACCUGAUUAAUCUUAUCUGCUUUCAACGUGACCCAAAAAUCAAGGAGAGACCUUCUCGGCAGCAGCUCCUUCUCGGAUUUCAGAACCGAAAUGCUCAAAUUCAGCUGAACAGUUUCACACAUCUCUGCUGGAUCUCGUGCUAAAUCUUGAUCCAUGAAGUAGUUGUGAUUUGCAAAACCGUGGUCAUUAUCACAACAGCAGGAUAAGCUGCUAGACCACUCCACGUCUUCAACACUGCAAAUACCCUCUUCGACCCAUUCUGCCGGUCCAACCAUAUCUAAGUCUGACAAGUUGCUGUGAAUGUAGUGAAUCAGCGUUUUCGGAACAUUGCCAAUUAUAAUGAAUUCUCUGGUACAGUGAGGAACACGAAUUAUCUCCUUGAGGAAGGCGAAAAAUUCGGUGUAGUCCAAAUCACAGUCGGGAAUUUCUAUUACGAAGUCUCUAAGAUCAUAGUUCGGGAUAGAUGGUAAGUUUUGCAGGUCUUUUCGAAUAUCCGGGUAGCGAUUGUACCAAUUGUCCACAAUUUUCCGAACUGUUAUUCCAGACACUCUGGUUCUGAUAUCCAUAUCAGUAUGAUUGAGGCCAAUGAAUAG